GGGAGUGGUGGCGGUUGUUUCAACAUGGCGGCAGCGGCAAAAAGAAGUGGAAACUCGAAGAUAUUUUGGAUCAAUGGCGAUGAAGAACAGCCGCUGGUGUUUGUUCCUGGAGUGGAUGGAGACGUGAAGACUCAGACUCCUUUCAAUCUUGGUCCAAAUGGCACUCGUACAUCCAGUAAAAGUGUCACUAAAAUGAGAACAAAGCACUCCUCUGUAAUUAAAAAUCAUACCACACAAAAGACAACAAGGAAAAAACAGAAUGACUUACAGAGUGAUGGUUUUAGAGCUUAUGUUAAGGAAAAUGUAUCAGCUAAUCUAAGUGCUACUGUGCCUGCGGAGCAAACUCUCUUUCAGCCCCCUGACACUUUUCGCCCUCUGCCACAGGUGAUGUCUGAGACCAACAGAGCUAAGAGCGAAGUCUCUUUGAAAGACCUCUGUCCUGAAGAUAAACGGCGAAUUGCAAACCUCAUAGAGGAAUUGGCUAGAGUAAGUGAGGAGAGAGAAGAGUCAGUGCAGCGUCUGAAAGAUGAGCAGGGGAAUUUUGAACGCAAGAUCCAACAACUGGAGCAACAGAACCUGAUUAUAGCACAGGAGAGGGAGAGCCUGCAGCAACAGUACAAAGAGUGCCAGGAACUGCUUGGGCUCUAUCAACAAUACCUUUCUCAGCAACAGGCAAAGCUCAACCAGUCCAUUGCCCAGCUCAGCCAGUCCCCAGCCCCUCCCAAGGUGCUCAGCAGUAAGGAAGUCCCCAGCUGGACAUCUACAAGCAGAGCUAAUGGCUCACUCUUUGAUGGCUCAUACAUGGGCCUCGCUGCUACUGGAGCACGACAGGCUCAAGUGCACAGGAGUGGCGAUGCAAGAAGAGAAACAGUACAAACGUUUAGAAGCCCUGCCUCUCUUUCAUGUGAAAGUGAAUUAAGUCCAACCGAUGGGCCUGUCAAACAGCAUGUGAGUCAGAGAAGGGAGUGCAGGGAGCCACAUGCAUGCCACAGAUGUGAGCACAGCCGAGGCAGUUGUCAUGACACUGGCUAUGGAACCCAGCAAGAAAGAAGUGGCAGUGGCUCUUGUCAAGUAAAUUGUCAUCAUAACACAUUUAGCCAGAAGAGGUGUGACAGGCUACACAGUGGGAAUCUCAUGGGCUCAGAGGCUAAAGAAGGCCUGACCAGGCCUGUGCUGGGUCAUGAAGGAUGGGAGGAGAAGAGGCACCAGCUGCUGCUGCAGAAGAUGCACUUGGAGAUGGAGAGAGAGAGGCUGCGGGCACGGCUGGUUGAGCAAGAGGAGAGGCUCAACAGACAGACUGAGCAGCUACGACAGUCACGUCUCGAUUACAGCAGAAUUCAACAACAGGCUCAAGUUGAGCUUAGCAGUUCAAAUGAUAGGAAUGGAGGGCCUGAGCCAGAGGGUCCUUCCAACCAAAAUUUGCCCUCCAGUGUGUGUGAAGAUGUGGAGGUACAUCCUGCAGGACAAACCUUGCAUGAAAAACCUUCUCAAACUGUUCCUGCUCCUUUGGCCAGUAAAAAUGCAGAUCACUUGGAACGGAGCAGACAGGACAAAGCCACGUCUCCUGCAAAGUCCCCUGCAGGCCCGAGUAAGCACACCUCAGUUUCUGUAAUCCAAAAAAGCCCAGAGGCCAGGUCAGACUUCUCUGUGGUUGAGUUAUUGGAUAUCUUUAGUCCUGUCUCUGCCUCCGAACAGUGCAGGCCAGGGACUCAAAGACCCAAAACAUUGCGACACAGGUCGGUCGCUGCUGCUCCCAAAUCAGCAGGCAGAAGUCUGCUUACUCCCAGUGGGCCUUAUCUUCAGAGUACUCAGCAGGACCUGGAAGAAAGCCAAAUACUGGAAGAUAUUUACUUCAUUUGCUGACAUAUGGGGGAAAAUGGGGAGCAAGAAAAGAAAGUCACUAAAUAUUCACCAGCUUGAUCAAACCCUUUAAUGUUUUUGUUUUAAAUUCUAUGUGCCUUCUAAAAUCAGAAUAAAUGAUCUUGUAGAUUGUGCUAUUGUGUUUUUUU